AUGAGCGCAGAAGCACCAUUUCCAGUCCGAACAACCAUGGUCGCCGAACAGGAGUCGCCUACAUUCACAUUUGGAGAGCCACCUUCCUCGCAUGAGUCUGCAGUGGGAAGCGCCGCUCCUAUCCAGGUAGAAGCACGAAUGAAAGCAGAUCCAGAAGCGGUGAUGUACACGUCUUGUGGCCGGUAUCCGCCUCCUGCCAGGCCUACCAAGGCUGGGAGAAAGCCUGACUACGAUCACGCAACCAUGGAGGACUUUCGGCGACAUUUGGGUGUCAUUGACUGCAGGAAUGUCCCCGCAGAAACCUCCUCGAACCCUUCCCGUCAGAUGCCUGCGGAUGUGCCUCAGACACAGAAUCAUGCUCUUCAAGACUAUGAGACACAAUUGAUGCUAUUGGAGCAAGCCAAGAGGGAACGUGAUUUGUCGUUCAAACAGGAAUUUGAGCAGAGGGGUUGCUAUUCGUCGAGCCCUCAGCCUAACCAUAUAUCCGCAACGGGAAAACAAGCAAGAUGGCAAGACCAAAGGCAGCUAAUGAUGAUGGAACAGCAGAAGGAGCUUCUGCAAGCGACACAAGGACUCGAGGCGAAUGCUCAGAGAGCCCGAAUACCCUGCAACGUUCCGGUCGGAUCGCGGACUGAGUACCAACUGCAGCUGAUUUUACUGGAACAACAGAACCAGUUCCGACUGAUGCAAGCCAGGAUGGCUGAAGAAGACGCCAAGAAUGCUGAAGAACGGCGUCUGGCUCGUGAGCAACGUAUUCUCGAUAGGUUGGCGGAGCAGGCACGAUGCCAUCCCCCACCUCCUGGGACCUUCUAG